AUGGCUACUCCAAUCUCCUGGGCUCAUGAAGUCAUCAAAUGUAAUCUCUGUGAUAAGGCUACCCAGCAAUUCUGUAACAACUGUCAAGUAAGUUUAUGCGUGAACUGCAUCAAUAAACAUGUGGACAAUUUCAACUCGCUUACUCAUGAAAUCGUUCCUUUCAAGAACAGAAAGAACCAGAUAGUGUUUCCUGAGUGUGACUUUCAAUCCGAACAGAGAUGCGAAGCCCAUUGCCAAAAGUGUGAUGUGUCUGAGUGUAUGGAGGGUGUCAUCGAUUCCCAUAAUGGACCCAAGUUGAAAUACAUUCCCAAGAUCUUCCUAGAAAAACGAAAGGAAAUAGAGAAGGAAAUCCAUGAAUUUGAAUCCUACAUUUUUCCUAUGAUCAAGAAGAUAAAACUUUUCAAACCAACAGCCAUAUUUGAGGAAAUGGAGCAACAGAUAAAGGAGCACAGAAAAUCCUGGCAUGUUGAAGUAGACACCAUCUUUGACAGACUUGGCACUUUGAUCAAGUCCAUGAAAGAAAAUCAUAUGUCUGUCUUAAAAUUACACCAGUCCAAGCUUAUUAAUCUGCCUCCAGAUCUGAUGCAAACAAUCCAGCGAAACAAAGAAAUCUUAAAGUCCAACAAAGUGUCUGAUAUAACUAACUACAAAUCCAAACUCACCGAAUACAGAAACAUUCAUACAGACAUAGAUCAGGCAAUUCCCUCUUUGAAAACUAACACAACCCAAGGGAGAGAACUUAUUAUAAAACUAGGAGAAUACAAGGUUACAUUGACACAGACGAAACUCUCACAUCUGAUAGAAGUAUGCUUAGACAAAUCCAGAGUUAUUGCUACCAUUCCUGCUGGAUUUCAACCUUUAUGGAGAGUUGCUUGUUUGGCAGAAGAUAAAGGUUGGGUUAGCGGAGAAGACACAAUCAGAAGAUGUGUCGACAUAUACGGGUCUAUUUAUGAUACAGUUACAAUGUACUACCAAAUGUCGAUGUUGGUCAGAUGA